AUGUCCUCCAAGCGAAAGCCGGACGGUACGAAGAAGGCGGUGAAGAAGCGUAAAAACUCGGAGUCCAACUAUGACUCCGACCUGAGCGACGAGUAUCCGCGGGCGGGCGAACCGUCGACCCGCGAGGUGGUGGUCGAGGAGCUGCGACCGAUGGAGAAGCUGCCGGAGGAGCUGCUGGCCGUGUACGACAAGGGCCCCGGCAAGCUGCUCAUCGCUGGCAUGGUGUCCUGGGAAAUGACCGGCAAGCGGGACUCGAAGGGUGUCACAAAGAUUCGGCCGAAUCUGUUCACCUUCCAUCGGUUCACCGGCGAAACGUACCGUUCGAUGGCAAGCUUCUGUUCUGCCGCGCACUCGGUUUUAAUUGAUGAAAACUGGAAAGCUUUUACGUUUGGACGCAAUCAGCUGAGCCAGCUGGGCCACGGCGAUACGGUGACGUGCGAGAAGCCGACGCAGGUGGCCGACUUGGCCGACUUCAACGUCAUACAGGCGGCUUGCGGUCGGAACCAUACGCUCUUCCUCACCGACACCGGCACGGUGUACGCGUGCGGCGACAACAAGAGCGGCCAGUGCGGCGUCGGCAACAAGCUGCCCACGAUCACCUCGCCCACCCGGAUCAGCUACAACGGGCCGCCGAUCAUUAAGGUCGGCUGCGGAGCCGAGUUUUCCGUCAUACUCGACAUCAAGGGAAACUUGCACACGUUCGGGCUGCCCGAGUACGGACAGCUCGGCCACAACACGGACGGGCGGUACUUCGUCAACUCGACCAAGAUGUCGUUCCACUUCGAAACGCAACCGCGCAAGGUGCUGGUGUACAUGGAGAAGAACAAGGAGGGCCACGUGCUGCCGAUCGAAAACGUUAACAUUAUCGACUUUGCCUGCGGCAACAACCAUACGGUUGCAAUCGACUCGAAGAACCGGGCGUACAGCUGGGGCUUCGGAGGCAUCGGGCGUUUGGGGCAUGCCGAGCAGAAGGACGAGAUGGUGCCGAGAUUGAUCAAAUUCUUCGACACACAGAACCGCAAGGUGAUGCGCGUGUUUUGUGGCUCAUCGUACAGCCUGGCAAUAUCCGACAUCGGUUCACUGUACCUGUUCGGGCAGAACAAGAAAACGGGCGAGGCCAACAUGUACCCGAAGCCGGUGCAGGAUCUAGCGGGCUGGAACAUUACCAGCAUCGGCACGGGCUACACAUCGAUCGUGAUCUCGGCCGACGAUUCGUUGAUUGCCUGGGGUGCUUCACCGACGUACGGCGAACUGGGGUUGGGCGAUUUGCAAAAGUCGUCCUCCACGCCGAAGGAGGUAACGCGCAUGGAAGGCAUGAAAAUCCCGAUGGUUGCGCUUGGCUACUCGCACUCGAUGCUGCUGGUCAACACGGAGCACGAGAAGACGAAGGAGAAGUACGACAACCUGCCCGAGUUUGUCGUCUAGUUGCGUCGGGAGGCAAAGGGGGCACACCACCACCACACCACUAUCCGACUUGAGACUGCCGGCAGAAGAAUGAAUAGCGAAGCGAUGGGUUGUGUGUUCACCAGCCCACCAGCACCGCACUAUUCUUCUUCUUCCCUCCUUUUGGCGCUCAUUGCGCGUUGCCGCUUUGAGCCAACCAGCUGAACCGAGAGAACCCUUCUCAAUUACUUUUACUAGUAUUAGUUUUCCAUCAAUCACUCCAUCGUAACGUAUAUGUAAUAUUUUUUGGGAAUUAAACGUGCAUUUAGCUUUUCCCGUCGGGACCGCUCCGUGUGACCGACCCGGGAAAAGCAUGUAUUUCCACCAAAAG